AUGGCGCAAGAAGCAUCCGAACGGGCGUGCGACAGGUGCAGAGAGCGGCGCGUCAAGUGCGAUAAACGCCAGCCCACAUGUCUCCGCUGCGAGAAGCUUGGCAAGCCUUGUCCUGGCUACGACAAGAAACGGAAAUUCGUCGAUGAAGGCAUCACCUUGCGCAAGAAGUACCAGAACUCCGGCGACCAUGCUUCCGGCAAUGAACACGUCGCUGCACCAGUGUACAUCACCGCUCAAGCCAGUGCCACACCAAGCACCAACUCGCCAGCAGUCAAAUCGACGGCCCAAAAUGCUCCAAGCGGCCCAGCAAGCCUUCCACCGAACAGGGUCGCGGGCAUUGACACUGCCCGGUUUGCACAAAGCGCUGCGUCUCCCAGCACUCCAUCCCAUGCAUUGCCCGCCCUUCCACUCGAUCCUCUGACUGAAGCAAUGCUGUUGGCAGACACGCCUGCUCAGAUCCCCCUUGCAGAUGCAGACCCUAUGCUCGAUGACAUGUGGAAAGCCCAGACCUUCGACCCAGAGUUCUUCGACCUGCAGCCCGAUGCUUAUUAUUCCGCAGCGGGCAACACUUGUGGAUUCCUACCGAACGUGCCAGAAAUCGUAGACGAAUCACAACUCACGACCAGCGCCCUUAUAACACAUGAACGCGACCAUGAGAUGGCUUACCUGAUCAGGCAUUUCACAGAAUCGAUAGGUCCUUGGAUGGACCUGUUUGAUAGAGACAAGCACUUCACCCAUCUAGUGCCUCUGAAAGCGCUUCGAGAUGCGUUGCUGCGCAAUGCUAUUGCCGCCGUCGCAGCGAAGCAACUCGGACGAACCAAAGGCACUAAGCCUUUUACCUACCAACAGUCACAGAAGCCAUCAGCAAUGGAAGUGCUGGAAGAUAGCAACGUCGACUGGUUCUAUAAGGCCGCGAAUUAUUACGACAAAGCCAUUGCCUUCUCACGCCAAUAUCUCCAAGCUGUCUCGGGUGGUUUGAGCAAUCCGCCCAGUCCAGAUGCGCAGAUGGCCGCUUCGAUGGCCAAUUCAGAUGACUUGAUUGUGGCUGUGUCCAUCUUCUCACUUUAUGAAUCCUUGGACAAUUUUGACACCGGCUGGCUGCAGCAUCUGGCAGGUCUGAAGUCUCUUCUGAAAGCUAUGAGUCCUUCGCAGCAGAUGGAGAACCAGGUUUCACCUUCGCUUACAGUAGGGCGACUUGCAUCAUUCUGGAAUUUUGCAAGGGCAGACUAUCAAGCUGCAUACCUCAAUCGGCAGACGACGCUUCUUGACACCGACGACAUGGCGCUUUGGAAUAGUUGCGGGCUGGAGGUGCAGCACGACGGGUCCUUGUACAAAUCGCCUGAACAUAUCAAAGACGAUCCAAGGCACUGUCGCGUGCUUGCAGAGCUGGUGGCACACACCUUGCUCUGGCUAGUGCUCCGCGUUAUGAACUACCUCACCAGUGAUGAAAACUCGACAGCGAGACAAAGCCAAUGGGAACAGCUCUCCCGGCAGCUCGAUCACUGGUACGGGAACUUACCAGCUACCUUCCAGCCUGUCGCGCAGAUCCGGCAUCCAGCUUCUGGUCGGACUUCGCGGUCGCAAUUGACAGAGGCAUUCUUCAGCAUCGAUGUGUGUGCUGCUUCUUUGCAACUGUACCACUUUGCACGAAUAUUGCUGCUGCUGCACCGACCCAUCAACGUGGAAAGGAGCGCGUUUAGGAAUAGGCUCAAGGCGUAUCGAGAGGUAUCCACGGAAGCGAUUCGACAUGCUCACGAGAUCAUCGGGAUUGCUCUUGGUCGUCCACAGCCGGCGAUUCGUGUUGAAAUGCUCCUCCCUCUUUCUACUGCCGGCGCGUGCCUCGAAGAAAACGAUGAACGUAAGGCAGUGCUGGAACUUCUCCGGGCCAUUGAAAAGGAUACCGGAUGCGCCACGGGACUUCGAUGCCGGGAGUUAAUGCAGGAAUGGGGCUGGACUGUUGAACCAGAGGGCAUAGCAUGA